UGGGAUAUGAAUUUCUUUUGAAAUGCGAAGGUCAUUACAAGAAAAUUGCUCAAGAUAAAUUUAUAGUUGGUGGAUUUAACUCAGAUCAUGUAUUCCUCGGGAAUAUAGAGAAAUGUGGGGUCCGAUUAUUGUUCACUCAAGACUUCAAGGAACCAAUAAAAAGAUCCAGAUGUUUCAUCUUUGAUGAAAAGGAAAUGGAAGAGCAAGAGAAAGAGGAAGCACACUUUAAGAGAUUGAAGUCUUCAAAUCUUUUUAAAGGCGGAUCUAGCUCAAGGGAGAAUUUUGAGUUGGGCACAAGUAUGAUGAUGAGUAAAGCAAUAGAGCAAGUUGUGACCAAUAACAGUGUAAAUUGUCCUAAUAAUAAUGGAGGUGGUGUUUGUGCUGGUGGUGUUGCUGAAGGGAGUUUUUUGCAGCAAAGUCAUGCUGGUCGUGAUGGUGUUUACGGAAGAGGGAAUAGGAGAACAGGCAAUAUGAAAGAGAUGGAAAAUAUAGUGUCAGCCAGUCCAAUUAAAGUCAGAGGACCUGGUGCAGUGGGUGGAACAGGUAUGAUAGGGAAAGUUGGAAAUGCUUUUGGGCAAGACAUUGGUGAUGUCUUCCCUCUGAUGUAUCCUCAGCCAUUUGCGUUUGAUCCGAGGAUUGGUGCGCCUACAAGGUGGAUGGGCAAUUAUAGGGGCUCUCUUGGUGCUUUAACGCCUCCAUUUUCUAGGAUUUUAUCCAGAUGUACUAUAAUUGCUGAAGAGGAAGCACGCACUACUGAGACAUUGAAAUCUUCAAAUUUUUGUGAAGGAGAAUCCAGCUCAAGACCCCCAAUCAUCAAGACUUAUCGAAGAAGGGGCAGGAAGGGAAUUUUCAGUCCGGUGGCUGAGAUAAAGAUAACAAAUCUUGGAGAUAAGCAUCGUAAAGAUAAACAGGGUGAAACACUUACAAGAUAACUCAAAGGAGGCACAAGAUAAAGAUAACUAAAGGGAGGCAGAUGACACACAUCCACAACAAAGCUAUGAGACUGAUCCAACAGGCUGCUCGGCUAUAAAAGGAGGGCAAAGCAGUGAAGAAGGAUCAUAGAGGAAAAUUACAAUCAAUUAGGUUGAGUUUGGGGGCUUAUGCCUAGGGACCUUAGGAUGUUGUAGAUUGCAGCUCCAAGGUAUUGGUUCAGUUAUUUUCUCAACAAAGCAGUGUAUUCUGGAUUUCUAUUUCAAUCAAUAAAUUAGUCAGUCUUUAGUCAUUC